AUUUGCCUCCUUGUUUUUUCAGGUAUGUCGCUUAAUGUAAUUGCAGAUGCGGACAAUAGGAGCAACGGCAAUAUAAAAAUUAUUGAACCCCGUGGAUUAUCUGCUAAAGGUUCAGCUCACCUUGAACUUUACUUUUUGUUUAGUACAGACCACAAAAAUCGUGUCAAAGAUGAGAGUGUAUAUUUAGGACAGUUUGUGAAUAGGAUCAACGAUAUAUUUGGGACUCGGAAAAAUAUACUCCAUGUAACGUUCACUUUUCUACAGGCCAGCGAGUGGAACCCCGGCAAGCAAGCUGAGACUGCCACCAGAAGUCUCAAGGCUGAAGCGCUGAAAAAACUUCUGAAGAAACAGGUGACCAAAGUAGAGAAGAAGUGGAAGAACACGCACCCCCAUGAACCCAUUAGUGCCAUUAUUUUUGUUACCACGCGAGAAAUUCGGAGCGGAACAGCAAAUCUUCCCACCGGAAUCUCAGGAAAACUCGGAGGAAUUUGUGUGCCGGAUGAGAAAGUAGCGGCAGUGACAGAUGACGGCAGCUACAGCGGCGUCAGGGCCGCUGCCGUUCAGCUAUCGCUUCUAAUGGGUGCUGUGUAUGACGGCCAGAGACCUCCACGAACCGAUCUCGUAAGAGGAGGUGACGGAGCAGCCCAUUGUAAACCUGAGGAGGGAUAUCUCAUGGGCCAUUGGGGAAAUGUUGAAAGGAGUUUUACAUUAUCUACAUGCACGCCGCAUCAGCAUAUAAUUGUUCUUAGACACCGUGGACCUGAAUGUUACGGAACUUCAGAAGAAAAGGCAAAAAUGUUGAAAACUACCAAGUAA